GGUUACGGCUAACCGUUUAUUUGGAUAACAGGGGCUGAUAAAAGAUUAAACCGUGUAGUGUAGGCCGAGAGAAGAUCUAGUUUUUAAAAGAACAAAACUAUUUAGAUCUAGAUCAACUUCUUGUUAUAGAACUAUCUUUAUAGUACAGAGUAUAGGCCUGCGUUUGACGUUGUUUUGUUUUAAAAUAACAUGGAUCCCUUGAAACAGUAUGCAUGUGAAGUGAUAGACAGUGACGCUGGCCUGCUAAAUGCUAUUAGCACGGAAAUAUGGAACCUUAAAGAGCUGGCCUUUGAGGAAAGAAAAUCUCACGACGCUUUGACUCGGUUUUUAGAGGAUCAAGGUUUUCGUGUAGAACGACAUUUCAAACUUCAAACAGCAUUUGUUGCUCGAUGGGGGAACCAAGGUCGUGACGUGGAAGGUUAUUCACCACAUGUGGCUGUCCUUUGUGAGUAUGAUGCUCUCCCAGAUAUUGGCCAUGCCUGUGGGCACAACUUGAUUGCAGAAAUAGGCCUGGCUGCUGCCAUUGGAAUUAAAGCUGCAAUGGAAAAAGCAGGAAAUAAAUUAUGGAAACUGUCCAUCAUAGGAACUCCAGCAGAGGAGGCUGGGGGAGGAAAGAUAGACCUGCUAAAUGCUGGUGUGUUUGAUGAUGUUGAUGUAGCUAUGAUGUCACAUCCUACAUCUUUUACUGAUGCCAGGCCUAUUUUUCUUGGAAGUAAAAGAUUGUAUGCAAAUUACCAUGGUAAAGCAUCACAUGCUGCUGGCUUCCCUUGGGAAGGAGUGAAUGCCCUUGAUGCAGCUGUGCUUUGUUAUAUGAAUAUUUCAACACUGAGACAGCAAAUUAAGCCUAAUUGGAGAAUACAUGCUAUAAUAACAAAAGGAGGGACAAAAACAAAUAUUAUCCCAGCUGAAACAGAAAUGCUAAUCCAAGUGAGGGCUCCUUUAGAAUCUGAGGGCAAAGAACUAGAAGAAAAAGUGAAGAACUGUAUUGUUGCUUCAGCUACUGCUACUGGCUGUACGGUAAAUAUAACAGAUGUAGUUAAACCUUAUCAGUCUCUGGCAACCAAUGAAACUCUGGCACAGUUGUAUGAAAGCAAUGGCACUUUGGUGGGAAUGGAAUUCCCACAGAUUAAUAAUAAAAAAAUCCUUGGUUCUACUGACAUGGGUAACUUAAGUCACAAGUUACCUUGUCUACACCCCACCUAUCACUGUGGUACAGAGGCAGUCAACCAUACAGUAGAUUUUGCCACUGCCGCAGGUUCGCCUGAAGCUCAGCCUUCAACUAUUGCUCAAGGUAAAAUACUGGCCAUGGUAGCAUUGGACAUUUUUCAAAACCCAGAACUUUUGAAGAAAAUAAAACAAGAUUUUAAAGCUGGAUCUACUCUGUAAUCAACAUGAAACAAAAUUUCAAUUUGUAUUACCAUUGUUUUCAAUAAAAGACUCAAUGAGAAUAGAACUUGUUUAAGAACUUAUUAUUUUGCAUAUUAUAAAACUGAUAUUGAAUUAUCUAAGUAUGCUAGGUUGACUAAUGUGCAUUACAUUUAGAUAUAGAACUAUUUGAAGAAGCUUCAAUCCUGCUUUAUUAACACACCAGUACUGAACUUUAUAUUGUUAUACUUGAAUGACAAACUUCUAUUUUUACUGUGCUUGUCUCCCCUGUUAUAGUAAUGAAGACAGUUUCACAAAUUGUGUAAAUUUAAUUUAAUUUCCCAUAAUGCAGCAGUAGUUUAUGCUAAUAUGUUCAUCUGACAAUGUGUAUACAAAAGGGCUGAUGAAGUAAGGUUGACCUGUUUCUGUGACAUUCAUAAUCAAAACACCACGUUACUUAGUCGAACCUUUAAAAUCACAUACCUACUUCACAGAGGCAGUGAACCAAAUGUUUGAACUACUGAUAUGGCCAUUUAAUUAUUUCAACAUUUACAAUUUCUAAAUGACUUUUAUUUCAAUAGAACAGUAGACCCAGCUUUUGUCACCCAAGUGUAAAAGAGAUAUUGGAUCUUAAAAAUCUAGCUGCCUUAACCUGAUUCCAUCC